UUGUUGUUUUGUUUAUUGUUGUUUAUCAGUUCUUUUUGGAUUUUGUUCAAGUGUUAAAGAUAUCGAAAAUUUAAACCAUGGCGGUCGAUGCUAUUAUCUGGAAACUGUCGAAAUUGUGCGCUUCUUCUUCAGAUUCCGAAUUAACCUCUGAUGCAAAUUUGUUUCGCCAGACCCUGGCAAUGCCUACGGUUACGAACCAGGAAUCAUGGUUUGAGCGCGAUCCGAGCAUGAAGCGCACAGUGCUCUUUAAUGCCGAGGAUCGAGCCUCGUCCAACAAGAGAGCGUCGUCCAUGUACUAUCGUCCGUCCCGCUUUACGAUCGGAAUGGGUCAGGGAAGCACUCUGUUUGAACCCAGAGCGAAGAGCGUUCGCGCAACACUCUCUGUUAAAGCCGACUUUGGCAAUUUUGACUCGAGUUCGAAAUUCAGGCACUUCCGGCACCGUCACCGAGAAGAUGCCAAAUUUGUAACACACUACGACAUGAACGCUGUGCAUGAAAAAAAGAAAGCUAUGCAUCACUUUUUGGAGGCCGAACCAAGCUAUACGCGCUUCAAAGUCCCUUUUCAGAUAGCAUGUGCGGAGCGCUAUAAGAAAAACAUCAAGAAAUACAAUCAGCAGUUUAGGCGGGAAAUCGCCAAACUGGUCGAUAAUCAAUCUUCAGCUCGGGAUGCUACAUAUUUUGUUCGCAUGGUGUCUUACACUACCCUAUGGCCACCAUAUCAUAAUGAGAGAGAACUCUAUGAUACAAGCAACAAUUUCUUUAGGCUGACUCCCGCGGAGAGCGCACGACUGCAAUAUAUCAUGUCAACAGAUUUUUCAUAUCAUUAACAAAAAAAAAAAAAAAAAAAAAAAAAAAAAAAAAA